UGCAAGUGAAACUCUUCAAACCGGCACUCAUUCAAAGUGACUCAGGGCGGGAGAAAGUGGGGGUCAGCAGAAAGUCUUACUUUCAAGACUUUGUCACCCACUGACCCAAAGGAACGCAGAUUUGGCCCAACCCUGACAGGAGAGCGAGAACCAAACGGGAGGACAGGAUCGACAAGCAGGAGUGAGGUGGUUUUUACUGGAAAGACGAGAAGUAAGAACACACUACAUCAACACGUGUACCAGCUUUCACAUUGCAACACAGCCAUACCGAGAAGAACUGAAGUCUCAUUAUGAAUGGAAGGUGUAUGUACAAUCACACUGUAUUACACCACUGCGUAGGCAGCAGUAGUUUUUUUAUAAAACACUUCUGAUGCGUUAUAUUGCAGUUCUUGAUUACUGCAGGCACAUAUGUAAUAGAUCUAGCUAAUUUAGUACUGGGGAUAUUUUCAGCCCUUUAAUUUUCAGGUGAUCCAAAACUGACAAAGAUGUUCAAUAACAGAGUCAUCCAUGUCAUGGAUCUACAACCAGCGAAACAGGAACAACAUCACGCAUCCUGCUGCUUAGCAUUAGACACAGAUCUUUUCAAUCAAUACUGAAAAUGCAACACUGAAAUGACUCGAAAUUAUCUUUUUCUCGCUUGGUUUCAUUUCAGUCCACAGCGACCAUUUAUUUAUGUCUCUGCAGUAUCACAACUGGUAUUUUUGUCGCGAUGACUUCAGGAGAGGAAGCAGGUUUGGCCAUGAGUCUCGUGAAUGAGGUGACCUGUACAUUGUGCCACUCCCUCUACGAGGACCCAGUCAGACUGGACUGCGAGCACAAUUACUGCAGAGAGUGCAUCAUAAACUACUGGAAAGAUGGAGAAAAGACAGAGAAGAAUAAAGAGAAUAAAGGUUACACCUGCCCUUUAUGCUGUGAGAUCUUUCCCCAGUUUACCUUAAAGAGCAACAAAUUGCUGGCCACCAUCGUGGGCAGAGUUCGCGAUUUAGGCCUGAAGUUCAAGGGGCCAAUAGAGGACAGUGAUAAGUUCUCCCAGAAAGACGUGGGGAAGAAGAUGGAGAUAGAUGCGGUGCCAGGUGUGUGCCCAGUCCACCGGGAGCCGCUGAAGAUGUACUGUGUGGAGGAAAAGACGGCAAUCUGCGUGGUAUGUGCUGUGUCCAAAGAACACCGCGCCCACUGCAUGGCGCCCAUGGAGGAAAUACUGGCCCAGUGUGAGGAGAAUUUCGAAGAGGCUGUGAAACACUUUGAGGAAGAAGUGAAAGAAAUAAAAGAACUUUAUGAAAGAAAAGAACAAGAAAUCAAUGAAAUAAAGAAGCAGUCUCACGCCCUGCACGCCCACAUCACCCAGGAGAUGGACUGUUUGCAGCGGUGCAUCGAGCGCGAGCGAGAGAGGCUCUGCUCCCAGCUCCAGAAGGACACUCAGAGGCUGCUGGACCUCAGGCAGACAGGCUCCCAGCACCUUUCCCAGGAGGUCGAUGCCCUUCAGCGAGAUGUGGCCUCGCUCAGGGAGCGACUGAAACAGGAGCCGCACCAUCCGUCCACUCUGAUUGAGGAUAUUCAGGGACUGACUUUGAGACUGAAAGCACAACCAGCAGCACUGAAUGAUGGGGGGACAGAUUGCUUCGACCUGGGGGUCUACAAGGGUCCGAUUCAGUACACUGUAUGGAAGAAAUUAGGAGAAAUCAUUAAACCAGGUCUCUGCUUCCUGAGCCUCGAUCCGGCCACCGCCAACCCCUUCCUGUCCCUCUCGGAGGACCUGACGUCUGCUCAGUACACCCACACCCCUAAAGAAGGCUUACCGACGGAGGAGACGCGCUUCGAGUUCAGCCCCUGCGUUCUGGCCAGCCGGGGCUUCACCGCGGGCCGGCACUACUGGGAGGUGGAUGUGGGAGACAGGGCAGACUGGGACCUGGGCGUGGCCGCGGAGUCCGCAGAGAGGGCCGGCUGGGUGGUUCUGUGCCCAGAAAACGGCUAUUGGACGGUGGGGAACAGAAGUGUGCGGAAGGUCGGCAUGUACCUUGAUUACGAAGCCGGGCAGCUGUCAUUUUAUAACGCGGCAGACAUGACCCCCCUCUUCUCCUACUUGGGAGCUGAUUUUAAAGAAGCCGUGUUCCCAUUCUUUUAUCCCAGUGCCGACUCCCAGGCUCAGCCACUGAAAGUGCUCAACCCGAGGGUGUAAAAACAGCAAUGAACUAUAGUGAG